AUGGGUACCUGCCUCUGCAAAGGUCACAAAGAGCUCCACCUUCCCAUGACAGAAACGCAGGACCAGACUGAGGAGGAGCAGCCAUCCACUGUCAAGAAUCCCUCCAACGGAAACGUGCAAGAUAAAACCAGCCGCUACGAUAUCGGACAGCUAGCCACUUCCUCUUUAUUCGGUCUGGUGGCCACGAUAAAGGACCAUAUCACCAAGCCGACAGCAAUGGCUCAGGGGCGAGUGGCUCACCUGAUUGAGUGGAAAGGUCUGGGCGGCGGCGGCGAUGCCGGGGGACGUGGAGGCGGCUGGGCAUGUGGGAAAGGAGGAGGAGGCUGGGGGGCUGAGCUGCAGGAGGAUGAACAAUUCUACUCUCAAAUGCCGGACGAAAUCAAGGAGGCUCGCUUCGCUGCAGGAGUGGCGGAGCAGUUUGCCCUGGCUGAGGCGGCCAUGCAUGUGUGGUCGCUGGACGACAACAUAGAUGAGCCCUCCACCAGCUUACAAGCAGCACCGAGCCACUUCUUGUCCCAGUUCCUGCUGGAUGGGGGCAGCAUUGGCAUUCCCCAGCACCUGUACAGCCUCCACACCUCGGCUUACAGCAACAGCAGAGCAGCCAACCUGGUUCCCCUGGCACAGGUCGACCCAAUCUCCCCGACAUCAGCCACUCAGCAGCUCAAAGACCCCCACCCUUUUGAGAAGGGAAGCACUGUGACUGCAGAAGCUGCUGUCCGGCAAGUAGACAGCAGCUCGCUAUCCGAGGACGAUGUCUUUUAUAACUAG